AUGGCUCUGCCGACUCUCUCGGUCCAUCUGCCCAGUCGGUCCCGGGCGCUGGCAGAGCAGCUGGCCCGGCAGCGGGAGCAGGAAGCUCGAUGGCGCCAGCAGUGGGAGCGUCAUGCUCGGUACUUCAAGGAGCAGAGCAUCCGCAGCAACAGACAGGAGGCAUGGAGCUCCCGGAGGUCCUUCCAACAGAGCAUGUCAGCCUAUCAUAGCCAGAGACUGAAGGAGGAACAGAAAGCCAACCUGGAGCAGCGCAGAAAUCAGCUCAGGGCCAUGCUUCAAGAGGAGCGAGACCAGCUGGAGGCAGAGCUCCAGGAACUAGUCCCUGACAGGACUGCACUGACGAGUCAGCUGGUGCAGAAAACUGAAGAGCUUCGUUUGGCCAGAGAAGAAAGAAAGAAAAAGGUUGCACAAGCGCUUCUGAAGGAGCACUGGAAGAGAAACAACCCAGAAUUACGACAGGUUGAGUCAGCACUGCAUAAAGAUCAUGUUGUCAGCCGGUGGCAAGAGCAGAUAUCUGAGAAGAAACAGAAAGAAGUGACCGAACAGGAGGAGAAGAGACGCUUUGAAAACGAGUACGAGAGGACUCGAAAAGAGGCUCUGGAGAGGAUGAAGCAAGCAGAGGAGCGAAAGAGAGAGGCGGAGCGGAAGAGGGCAGAAGAGCUUCGGAAACAGAUGGAAGAACUGAAGCUGAGGGAGGUGGAGGCUACUCGAUUAAAAAAGGAACAAGAGGCCCUGUUAGUUCAGCAGUGGAAUCUGGAGAAGAUGGAGGAUGAAAGGAGGAAAAUGGAGGAAAGGCAAAAGAAAGCAGAAAUAGGGCAUUUUUUGAUUCGUCAGUAUCGAGCUCAGCUGAAGAGGAGAGCUCAGCAAGUCCAGGAGGAACUGGAGGCUGAUUGUAGGAUUCUAGCAGCACUGCUAGAAGGAGAGGAGGAGGGCAGAAAGCUGGAGACGGCACGAAGAGAAAGAGCCGUCGCUGAUGCCGCCUGGAUGAAACGAGUGAUUGAAGAGCAGCUCGAGUUGGAGCGGGAGAGGGAGGCUGAGUUUGACAUCCUACACAGAGAAGAAGCUCAGCGUGUGUGGGAGCAACGAGAGACUCAGUGGGACAAGGAGAAGAAAGCCAGAGAGCGACUCAUGCACGAGGUGCUUGUGGGGAGACAGCAGCAGCUAGAGCUAAAAAUGCAAAAGAAUCGCGAGGCUCAAGAAGAAUCGCUGAAGAGACGGGAGGAGCUGAUCCAGGAGCUGGAGCAGGAGAGGGAGCUCAGAUGCCUGGAGAAGGAGCAAGAGGAGGGCCGGAAAACAACAAGGAUGCAAGAAAUAAAGGCUCAGGUGGAGCAGAAACACCAAGAACAACGGGAGGAGCAGUGCAGGAAAGAGGAGGAGGAAAAGGAGGACAAGGAAGCUGUUCGGAUCCAAGAGGAGGAUCUGAGACUUGAGAUGCAGAAACUUGUUGAAAAGGGGUACCAAGAAAAGGUGAAAUAG